AUGACCGUCACCGUUGUUGCUUCGCCAGUAAGUGUCCAUGUCUCGCUCAACUACUGGCAAUCAAGCCUCUCCGCCUGGCACGUCGAGAACAUCGCCGCCACCUUCACCACCAUCCUCCGCACCCUCCUCGCAGCCCCUGAUGCCCGCUUGUCGGAACUAUCGAUGCUCAGCGAGCGGGACCUCCAGCAGAUCCUCGACUGGAACCCCGUGCGUGGCGAAAGACGGGAAAUCUCAGUUCCUCAAAUGUUCCAGCACGAAGUCCAGGCCCGCCCGGAUGCCGCUGCAGUCGCGGGCUGGGAUCGCAGUCUGAGUUACCGCGAACUCGACCAGUUGAGCGACAUCUUUGCUGCGCACCUCGCACGCCUCGGAGUCGGACGGGGCGUCUUUGUCCCCACCUGCUUUGAAAAGUCGACCUGGGCGAUCGUCGCUAUGCUUGCGAUUCUAAAAGCUGGCGGCACAUGUGUACCCCUCAGCCCAGCCUACCCCUUUGCGCGCAAUGCUCUCAUCACCAGAGAGGUCAGUGCCUCCGUCGUGGUCACUUCCGCAGCAAGUGCCCAGCACGUAGAGGACCUCGAGGUUGAGCACGUUGUUGAAUUGUCCGAACUGAUACUCGACGGCGUGUCCGCAACGCUGGAGACGCCACCAAUCCAUCCGGACGAUCCUGCGUUCGUCAUCUAUACAUCCGGCAGCACGGGCAAUCCCAAGGGCGUCAUCCAAGCGCACGGAGAGGUGUGCACGAGCGUCACAGCGCAGGCAUCCGCAUUGGGCUAUACUUCAACUUCGAGGGUGCUGCAGUUCGCCGCGUAUACGUUCGAUGUCAGCAUUGGCGAUAUCCUAGGAGCAUUCUCACAGGGCGGCUGUGUCUGCGUGAUAUCCGACUCGGAUCGCGUAGGCGACUUGAGCAGCGCGAUCCAAGCCAUGCAGGCAGACCAUGCGUGUCUUACUCCCACAGUAGCCCGUACCCUUCGCCCAGCUGAUAUCCCAUGCCUGCGGACACUCGCCCUCGGCGGCGAAGAGCUCGCCCGAACUGACGUGGCCAUGUGGGAAGACCACGUUCGGCUAGUCAACAUCUACGGUGUAACCGAGACGACCGUAUGGUGUACCACAGCGGACAUUGCGGGCGGCGAUUCGGUCGAUCCCAGAAAUAUUGGGCGCCCCUACGUGGGCCGCGUCUGGAUCGUGGACCCGGCCCAUUCCAGCCACCUGGCGGCCGUGGGCGCCGUCGGCGAGCUGAUCAUCGAAGGGUCGACGCUGGCUACUGGUUACUUGAAUGACGAAGUGAAAACCACCUCUGUUUUCAGGUUGUUUAUCCUGCCGGGCGUCGACGAGGAGCCUACUCGCCGCUACCAUUCUGGCGAUCUUGCGCGGUACAACGCCGACGGCACGAUCACGUACAUGGGCCGGCAGGGCUCGCAGGCUAAGAUCAGAGGCCAGCGAGUGGAUCUGGGCGAGGUGGAAUACCAGUUGCGCCGCGCCCUCCCCGCUGUCGACGACCUUGCAGUCGAGCUGGUUAAGCCCUCUAGCCGCGAUGGGCAGGAGAUGCUCGCAGCCUUUAUGUGUCUGGAAGGCCAGCAGGAACUCGAGCAUGUACCGGGCGUCGAGCAUCUGCUACAAGUGUCAGAUGGGCUACGCGAGACGUUUCUCAAGACAAUUGACGUGCUGUCCGAGCAUCUCCCCUCCUACAUGGUGCCCUCGCUGUUCAUCCCCACCGCCAGCAUGCCCCGGACCGUCUCCGGCAAAACCAGCCGCAAGACCCUGCGCGAGCUUGCAGCGGCCUUUGGCGCCGAGCAGGUAGCGCACUACGGUCUGGCUGACCGGACGAGGCAGCAGCCGACGACCAGCACGGAGAAGGCACUGCAGGCUCUGUGGGCACAGGCUCUGAAUAUCCCCGCGGAGUCUAUCGGUGUUGACGACAGCUUCCUGCGCCUGGGCGGCGAUUCGGUCAACGCUGUGUGGCUGGCGAGUCUUGCGCGAGGGCAGGACCUGCCUCUGGCCGUCGAGAUGGUCUUCCAGAAGCCCAAGCUGCGCGAUAUGGCGCUGUUGGUCGACCAGGCCCGCAAUGCUGAAGACAAACAGACCCAGGGUUCAGAGUCGGCGGCGCUGAUAGAGGAGAUCCGGAACAACUAUCAGCUUCCGUCAGGGGCGAUCGAAGAGGCCCACCCUUGCUCCCCAUCGCAGGAGGCGGUGAUGCUCGCCACUGCGCGAGACCCUUCAGCGUACGUGCUACAGAACGUGUUCAACCUCCCUGGACACAUCGACCGGAAGCGGCUGCAAACCGCCUGGAUGACUGUUAUCAGCAAACAUUCCAUCCUGCGCACUCGCAUCUUCCAUUUGUCACGACAUGAAAAGGCAUUCCAGGCGGUGAUGAAGGAGGAAAUGACGCUCGUCACGUUUGUCGAGCUGGAUGGAUAUCUGGAGAAGGACAUGGCCAUCUCCUUUACAUACGGCCAGCCUCUAAUGCGCCUUGCCUUUUCGGAGCCUUCCUCCCUGGUCUGGACCGUACACCAGGCGAUCUGUGACUCGACCUCCCUAUCGCUGGUUCUGCAGCUCGUCCAAAGAGCGUACCAGGGUCUAUCUCUGCCUUCCACACUUCCCUUUGCGACUUUGGCGCACCGGGUGCAGGAUCUCAACAGCGAUGAUCGCGCAGCUUUGUUUUGGAAGUCGCAGAUGGCCAACCUCCAGACAACACAUUUCCCCUCGGGGCUCGUUGGCACGCAACGAGACCCGGCUGAGUCGGAGCUCGGCCACCUCAUUACCCUCCCAAGUCAGGACAACCACCACUUCCUCCCGACUGCGGUGCAGGGCGCAUGGGCGAUCGUCAUGAGCCGCUGGGCAGAUUCACCCGACGUCGUCUUCGGCGAGGUGCUGCCCGGGCGCGAGAUGCAGCUGUCAGGGAUCCAGCGCAUGAUCGGGUUCACUACAUCGCUGGUGCCGGUGCGAAUGGUAAUCACCGCAGACCAGACGGUGCACCAGUUCCUCACUGCCAUCGACGAUCAGCGAAGGCAAGUUGCCGAGUUCCAGCACAUGGGCCUGCAUAACAUUGCGCGACUGAGCGAGGAGGCAGACGCCGCCUGCCACUUUGACACGGUGCUGCAGAUGGACCUUGCCUCCUAUCGCCCACCCCUCGACGAGGCCUUCUGGAACCGCCGCGAGCAUGAGCGCUUCCGAGCGAACCCCAACUCGUACGGCCUGCUUCUCGAAUUAGAGCAGUCGGGCGCCGAAGGCGAUCUCCACGUCCUCGCCCGCUAUGCCUCGACGACCCUGUCGGAGGCCCAGAUGCAGCGCAUCUUGUAUCAGUUUGAGAGCAUCCUCCUCCAGCUGAUCAGCUUGUCCAAAGAUUCGCGCAGGACCAUUGGAUCGCUCGAGCUUGUCAGUGAAGAGGACACCAUGGACAUCGAGCUCUGGAGCGGUACUCCUCCGCCGCGUCGAAGCAUCUGUAUCCACGAGCAGAUCUCAACCUACGCCACUGAAUAUCCAGAUUCUCCGGCGAUCGAUGCAUGGGAUGGAUCUCUGACAUAUCGCGAACUGGACAAGCUCUCAUCCCGCUUUGCCACCGCUCUAGUUCAGAUGGGAGUUGGCCCCGACGUGUUCGUGCCCCUUUGCUUUGACAAGUCUCUCUGGGUAGUUGUUGCACAGCUAGCCGUGCUGAAAGCAGGCGGUGCAUUCGUCUUCGUAGACCCCACGCGUCCACGUGAGAGACUUCAGGGAAUCGUGACAGCGGCCAAAGCCCAGCUCAUGCUCUGCUGCGCGCGGCAUCGCGGCAUGUGCGAGUCGUUUGUACACAACGUUCUCGUCAUCGACGACGAGUUGGUCCAGUCCCUCCCCGCGACAACAUCAGACAAUUACGUCUCCCCUAACGCUAGCCCCGACCAUUCCGCGUACGUGAUCUUCACCUCUGGCAGCACCGGAAAACCCAAGGGAGUGGUGAUGGAGCACGCAUCCUUCGUCACCGCGGCUCUGGUCCACAGCGAGAUGAUGAACCUCGACCGCAGCUCGCGCAUGCUCCACUUUGCCUCGUACGCUUUCGAGGCGAGUAUCCUCGAAACAAUUGUUGCGCUGGUCAAUGGUGCCUGUGUGUGUAUUGUCUCGGAAGAGCAGCGCCUGAACCACCUGCCACAAGCACUCGAUGAGUUCCAGGCGACGUGGGUGUUUUUGACCCCCUCGCUGGUUCGAACGAUCUCACCGAGCCAGGUGCCCAGUCUGAAGACACUGGUGCUUGGAGGCGAAGCUCUUGGCCGCGACAACAUUGAAACCUGGGUAGACAAGGUACACCUGAUCAACGGCUAUGGGCCAUCAGAGACCUGUGUCUUUUCCAUCAUCAACCGGGCGGUGGACCUCAACACCCACCCACUGGACAUUGGCACCCCCGUCGGUUCGUCCUGCUGGAUUGUUGAUACGGCGAACCACGACCGGCUGGCCGCAGUCGGCUGUGUCGGUGAGCUGCUCAUCGAGGGACCGACGCUUGCCAGAGGCUACCUCGACGACCCCGUCCGGACAAGCGCCAGCUUCAUCGUGGAUCCCAAAUGGGCCGUCACGCCCGGUGGCGCCCCGCGACGCAUGUACAAGACCGGCGAUGUAGUCAAAUACAGCCUCGACGGAUCCAUCACCUUUGUCGGGCGGCGGGAUGCACAGGUCAAGGUGCACGGGCAGCAGGUCAAUCUCCUCGACGUGGAAGACCACAUCCGACGUGAACUACCUAGCCUGACUGAUGUCGUCGUCUGUUUUGUGCCUCUCGAGGCGCAGAGCCAGCGCAAGGCGCUCGUCGUGUGUCUGCAACUCUCCCCCUCACAGGGAAGCAUGACCGACGCGCUCCGCCAGAUGCUCCGCGGGCUACAGGCCUCGCUGACCUCUCAUCUGCCGUCAUAUGCAGUCCCGUCAAUCUACCUGCCCAUGGUGGCUCUCCCACAACUGCCCUCAGGCAAGGCCGAUCGGAGAAAGCUGGCGGAUAUUGCAUCUCGCCUAUCGGCCGACGAUAUCCGGCAGAGCUCUCUGGCGGCCGAGAAGAAAGAGGCCCCAGUCACGGAGAUGGAAGAGACCAUUCAAACCCUGUGGGCCGACGCGCUGCAUCUGGAUCGGGCCUCGAUUGGAGUGGACGACACGUUCAUCCAGCUCGGCGGCGACUCCCUGGCCGCCAUCAACCUGGCGGCUGCUGCGCGCGAGCGUGGACUAUCCUUGAGCGUGGCACAGGUCUUCCAAUAUCCUCAGCUGAGGGAGCUGGCUGCUUCGCUCGAAGUACAGACGACCGGGAAUGUAACCAAGGCGUCUGAUCAACAAUACAAGCUACUCCAGUCGACUGAGCCAGUCGAGGAGAUAUUGCAGCGCAUCGAAACGCAGCACGGCAUCCGCAGAGAAGAUGUGGAGGAGAUUAUGCCGUGCUCCUCGCUGCAGGAAGGCCUCAUGUUCCUCUCGAUCCGACAGCCGGGUUCGUACAUGUUCCAAAGCGUCUUCAAACUGCCGGAGGACAUCGACCUCAGUAGGUUCAAGCGCGCGUGGGAUCUGACGGCCCAGCGCAACGCCAUCUUGAGGACUCGCAUCAUACACACCGAGUCCUCUGGCUCGCUCCAGGUCGUCAUGAAGCAGACCAUGCCUUGGGUUUCUGUCGACACGGUGGUCAGCGAGUACAUCACGCAGGACCGCAAGCAGGAGAUGGUGCUUGGAGUUGCCCUUGCGCGCUAUGCAAUCGUCCGGCCAAACCACGCAAAUAGACGCUUCGUCUGGACCGCGCAUCACUCGCUGUACGACGGCUGGUCGCUGCCGUUGAUCCUGUUCGAGGUUGAGCGCGCAUACAUCGCCGACGGCCCUCCCGGGCCCGCACCGCCGCCGUUCAGCCGCUUCAUCGAGUACGUGCAGGGCAUUGACUGGGCCGAGCUGGAUGCAUACUGGCGCGGCCAAUUCGCUACGGGGACCCCGACGUCGUUCCCCGCCCCGCAGUCGGAGCGCUUCAUGCCCUGGGCGGAUACCAGCGUGACUAGAACGGUCCGCAUUGGCUCAUUGAUCGGACAGGGCAUCAUGUCCGGGACCCUGAUCCGCGCGGCGUGGGCUCUGGUUCUCUCUCACUACUCGGGGUCGGACGACAUUGUCUUCGGUGCCCUGCUCUCUGGCCGCAAUGCUCCCAUCGAGCGCAUCGCCGAGCUCACAGGUCCGACCAUUACUACUGUCCCGGUGCGCCUGGGCGUCAAGAUGGACCAAACCGUCAUGGAGUUCCUGCGCUACGUUCAGAACCACAGUACUAAGAUGAUCCCCUACGAACACGCCGGCCUCCAGCGGAUCAAGACGCUGAGUCCGCAGCACGAAGAGAUGACCAAUUUCCAGAACCUGCUCGUCAUCCAGCCCGCGCAAAAGGUCGGCAGUGGCAGUAGUGGCGGAGGCAAGGGGCUCUGGAAGCUGGAGGAUGUAGCUUCAGCCGGCCUGGAGGAGUUCCUCACGUACCCGAUCGUGCUUGAAUGCCGACUGGGACCGCAGCAGCUGGAUCUUACAGCCAAGGUCGAUCGCCGGCUGGUCUCUGAGGGCCAGAUGGACCGGAUGCUGCAGCAUUUCGAAGCCGCCCUGGAUCAGCUCACACACAGCCCCGACGUGCCGUUGGGCCAGGUCAGUCUCGUUGGUCACCAGGACCUGACUGACAUGCUCGCCUGGAAUGGCGAGGCGCCCGAACGCCUCGAGCAGUGUAUCCACGAGAAUAUCAUGCAAGUAGCGGCACAGUAUCCGUCGCACCCCGCGGUGAGUGCCGCCGACAAGCAGCUCACGUAUGCCGAGCUCAACGUGCUCACCUCCCGGUUGGGCCACUACCUGACUACACUGGGCGUCGGACCUGAAUCUCUAGUCCCCAUCUGUUUCCACAAGUCCGCCUGGGCGGUCGUGGCCAUGAUUGCGAUCCUCAAGGCCGGCGGUGGGUAUCUUGCCCUGGACCCCGCGUAUCCGGCGGCCCGCAAGAAGCUCCUGACUGAAACGGCCUCGGCGCGUGUCGCUCUUACGAGUGCUGCGCACCAGGAGGGGCUUGCGUCGUUGGUAGAGCAUGCAGUCGUGGUUGACGAAGGUCUCAUCGCGUCCCUCGCCAUGCACGACCGCUUCACCCACGCAAACGUCACCUCGUCCAAUGUAGCCUUUGUCGUCUUCACCUCGGGGAGCACAGGAACCCCAAAGGGGAUCGUCAUGGAGCACGGCGCCUUCUGCUCCGGCGCCCGCCAACACGCCGCAGCGCUACGCAUCAACCGCGAGGCACGGGUGAUGCAGUUCGCAGCCUACACGUACGACGUCAGCAUGGGCGAGAUCUUCACGACACUAAUGCACGGCGGCUGCGUGUGCGUGCCGACGGAGGACGAACGUAUGAGUAACCUGGCCGCCGCCAUCACUCGCACGCAGGCAACCUGGCUCUUCCUCACCCCGACCGUUGCCAGUCUCCUACAGCCCGAUCAAGUGCCUUCGCUGCGCUACCUCGUCCUGGGCGGCGAGCACGCCACCACGGAGAACCUCGACCGGUGGGGAAACAGGCUGUGCCUCAUUAAUAGCUACGGACCUGCAGAGUGCGCGGUCUGGACUAACUGCGCCUUUGGAAUUACAGCGCAGUCCAGUCCGGCCAAUAUCGGGAAGCGCAUUGGAGCCAGGCUCUGGGUGGUAGAUCGCGAUGACCACCACCAGCUUGUCCCUGUGGGAUUCGUUGGCGAGCUGCUAGUUGAAGGUCCAGGGCUCGCGCGUGGCUACCUCAAGGAACCCAGCAAGACAGCAGCGGCGUUCAUCACAGACCCCGAAUGGGCACGCAAGGGGAAGGCUCAGGGCCGGGGCUCCCCCCCCCGCCGCAUGUACAAGACCGGAGAUCUGGUUCGGUACAACACCGAUGGAACAUUGAGUAUCGUUGGAAGGAAAGGCACGCAGGUGAAGCUCAACGGACAGCGCCUGGAGCUGGGCGAGGUUGAACAUCAUCUAUUCCGUGAUGCCCAGAUCCAGCAUGCCAUGGUCACCAUGCCACGCGCAGGCCGGUGUGCCAGGCGCCUCGUCGCCCUGCUGGCUCUCAAGCAGUUCGCCCCAAGGAAGAAACAGAAGGGGAAGAUCAAGACAUCCACCAUCCACCUCGUCGACGUCCAGCACCACGAGGGCAUCGUCCUCAACGUUUCCCGCCUUCGCGGCGUGCUUGCGGACCGGCUCCCGAGCUUUAUGGUCCCCACGGUGUGGCUCGCGGUCGAGGAGCUCCCCCUCAACCUCUCGGGCAAGCUCGACCGCCCACAAAUCUCCGCAUGGGUCGAUGCACUGGACGAGGCUGCGUACAACCGCGCUUUGGACGUCAGCAGCGCAGCCUCGCUGAGGCGCGAACCCACGACCGAGAUGGAGCUCCGGCUGCGCAGCCUGUGGGCUCGCGCUCUCCGCGUAUCCCCGACCACGAUCGGCGCCGACUUCGACUUCUUCCGCAUCGGAGGCGAUUCCAUCGCAGCGAUGCGGCUGACGGCGGCAGCGAGGGCCGCGGAUAUUAAGCUCGACGUCGCGACCAUCUUUCGGUACCCUCGCCUCAGCGAAAUGGCCCUGUCUGCCUCUCAAGGCGAGCCCGCACCCGUGGUGGGCGAGUACCAGCCGCUUUCGAUGCUGGGCACCGUCAGCCUCGGCGAAUUCCUCGAGACGUGCACCCCGCCGCAGCAUGCGCGCGCCGAAGCCCAGGUCGAGGACGUCCUCCCGGCCACCGACCACCAGUCGUGGAACCUGGCCCGCGGCCACCUACGCACACGCGGCUACAACUGCUACUUUGCCAUCCCCUUCACUGGACCCCUCGAUGCGUCUCGCCUGAGCAAGAGCUGUGCGCAGGUGGUGCAACAUCACGCCAUCCUCCGGACCGUCUUUGUUGCCCGCCAGGGCCAGCUAUACCAGCUCGUGCUGCGCGCCUACAACCCCGAGUUCCUCCACUACGACUGCGAUGACUGCCCCAGGCAAGAACUCGUCGCCUCAGCUAUCCAAGAGGACAUGCUCCGCCCCGUGCGCCUGGGGGCCGGCAGCAUCCGGUUCAUCCUGACCAAGCAGGGGCGCCACCAGCACACUCUCAUCAUCCGCAUCCAGCACGCCCAGUAUGACGGGGUCUCGGUCCCGACCAUCCUCAACGACAUCAAGCUCGCCUACGCGGGCACGCCGCUGGCCCCAGCCCCCGACUUCUCUCUGUUCAUCCACUACCAGCAGCAGGCCAAUCUGACCCAGGAACGCGCAUUCUGGCGGCAGUUGCUGCAGAAUGCGCCCAGCACGCAGCUCGUCGUCCACGACCGACCCGCCUUCCAGAGCCCGGUCAACCGCUCCAUCAUCCGCACCGUCGAGCCUCACUCGCUCAGCACUCAGGGCAUCACCUUUGCAACUCUGACCAAGGCCGCCUGGUCGCUCGUCCUCGGGCAGCUGCUCUCCACCACCGACGUGGUCUUCGGGCAGGUGACCGCCGGGCGCAACUCUCGCCACGACUGCAUCGAGGAGAUUUCCGGCCCCUGUGUCAACAUGAUUCCCGUGCGGGUGCGCAUGGCCGCCGGCUGGACCGUGGGAGACCUCCUCCACGCGGUGCAAGACCAGCAUCGCUCGACGAUCCCGCACGAGACACUGGGCUUCCAGGACAUCAUCGAGAACUGCACCAACUGGCCGCGCUGGACGCGCUUCAGCUCCAUCCUACAGCAUACAAACCUAGGCCAUGGGGUCGGAGAAGCAUCUGCAGCAACCAUUACUUCCGUCCAGCUUGCAGCCUUCUCCCCACCCACAGACUGCGCCGACGUAUGGAUCUGGUCGGCUCCUGCUGCCGACGAGGGCCAGUACACCUUGGACUUUACCUACUCGGACCGCACAUUCCCGCCCGCGCUGGCUGAUCAGCUCGCGGACAUGCUGGCAGACUCGAUCCAAACGCUUUCAUCCAACGUCGAAGCUCCUCUCUCCACAUACCUCCUCUCCAGCCCCUGCCACACUCCAUUCCCUCUAAACCGCCCACCCAUCGCCCGCACCCGCACCUACCAAGCGCACAGAGACGAGCACUCUGAAUCCCCCCCUCUCCUCUCUUGCCUCCUGGUCCCAAGUCGAGAAUGCCUGGCGCCAGGCCCUCCCCAACAUCGCACCAGACACCUACACCGCGGAUACCCCCUUCUUCGACAUAUGGGGCGACCUCAUCUUCGCCGUGCAGCUCUGUGCCCUCUACAGCACAGGCAGCCCCCAGGCACUCGACAUCCAAGUCGAAGAAAUAAUCCAAAACCCGACGAUGCGCGAUCAAGCUCUGCUACUAGCCUACAAGGCGCAGCACCACCGAAGACGCAGUUCGCUCGUGCGGUACCCGACGCCUUCUGUGCGCCAGUCCAUAGCUGA